UUUCGUGACGUAUCUCGUCAUGACGCCUUGUGGACCAAUAAGCGGGACGGAAAAGUCAGUGAGGGAGGGGUCUGAAUUCAGCGCGAGGCUGGGCUAGAGGUUUUGCCGCGAAAGCCAGUGCGCGUGUUGCAGCGGGGAGGUCACUGUUGCUUCUGACCUACAGAACGUUAUAGCAGUAUUUAAAUUGAACAUUGACAGCACUUAUUUAAGUAAUACCUUAUUGAGCGUUUAUUGCAAGGAAUCUGCAUAUUAACAGCAUGUCGGGAUUUGAUGAUCCAGGAGUUUAUUACAGUGACAGUUUUGGAGGAGGUGAAGGCAUCGGCGAUGAGGGGGUCGUGAAACGCAGCCAGAUCAAAAAAAAGUUUCGAGAGUUUUUGAGACAAUUCAGAGUCGGCACCGAUCGCACUGGAUUCACCUACAAAUACAGAGAUGAACUCAAGAGGCACUAUACUUUGGGAGAGUACUGGAUUGAGGUGGAGAUGGAGGAUUUGGCCAGUUUUGAUGAGGAUCUGUCAGACUGUCUGUACAAACUGCCCACUGAGAACUUGCCUUUGCUGGAGGAGGCAGCGCAGGAAGUGGCUGAUGAGGUCACACGUCCGCGGCCAGUAGGAGACGAGACUGUACAGGACAUACAGGUCAUGCUGAAGAGCGACGCCCACCCGGCCUCCAUCCGUAACCUGAAAGUGAGGAAAUAA